GCCAAUGGCUCGCCGGCGGCGGUUGGUCGGCAGCCAAUGGGAGCGGAGCGCGGCGCUGGGGGGCAGGGCCCUGUCUGGGGAGGCGGCGGUUGGGUCUGAGCCGGCGGCCGAGGCGGGUUGCCUGGGAACGCAGGGCCAGAGCGCGGAGGGCUCACCAUGGCCAAGCUGCAGGGGCUUCAGGCUGACUACGUCUUCCGCGGCACAGAGCACGUUGUGAGGAUGACCGUGACCGGGAGCGUCCUGGAGGUGGAAGUGGAGGACCGGCUCACCACCGAUCAGUGGAGAGGAGAGUUUGACGCCGCCUUCAUUGAAGAUUUAACUCACAAGACGGGGAACUUCAAGCAGUUUGGGAUCUUCUGCAGCAUGCUGGAGUCUGCCCUGAGCCAGAGCAGCGAGUCGGUCACCUUGGACCUCCUCACCUACACUGACCUAGAGGCGCUGAGGAGCCGGAAGAUUGGGGUGGGUCCAAGGCACGCGCCCUCCGCCUCCAAGUCCUCGCUGCUGAGUUCCAAGCGCUACCUCAUCCUCAUCUACUCCGUCGAGUUUGACAGGAUCCACUACCCCCUCCCGCUGCCCUACGUGGGCAAGCCAGACCCUGUAGCGCUGCAGAAGGUCAUCAGGGAGCUGAAGGAGGAGCUGGCCGGGCUGAAGGCCAAACCAGGCAGGGACUUCCGGGACGCGGAGAUCCGCCGGCUGCGGGACGAGCUGGGCCGGGUGCUGGAGGAGAAGCAGGAGGUGGAGUCGGCCCUGCUCGGGCUGCAGGAGGAGCUGAAACUCUGUAGCAAGAGCAGCGCCGGGAAGGAGGUGAAGAUCCUGAAGAAGAUUGUGCAGAGCCUGGAGGAGGAGCUGCUGAAGGAGCGAAGCAAGCACCAGCGAGCGGCGAGCAAGCGCUUGCAGGAGAACCGGCAGCUGGCUGACGAGCUGGCGGAGGUGAAAGCGUCGGAGAGGAGCCUCCGUGUCCGAGUGAAGAGUCUGACCAACGAGCUGGCCUUAUACAAGAAAGGGCGCUUGACCCCCACCGGCCCAUCCCCUCAGAACCGAGUGGCGUCCUCCCGCGGCUUCAGUCACGCUGCCCCGGGCCGGAGCAGCGCUGUGGCCAUGGCCCGAGCGGAGCGGCGCUCUACCUCCGGGGAGCGCUCCAACUCCCGGGAGCGUGGCGGGGCCUGGCCGACAAACCGGCCACGUUCCACGUCCAGAGAAGGGCGCGGCGGGAGCCAGACCCGCCUCCCUCGCCAGUCACCAUCACCCACAGGCACCCGGCCGCCGCGCUUCGACCCCACGGCCUUUGUGAAGGCCAAAGAGCGGAAGCAGAAGGAGGCUGAACUGAAAAACCAGCGACGGGUCCGGCGGGGCGCGGGUGAUGCGCCGCCCGGCAGCUGGGGCCGCUCCAACUCCCGGGGCCUGGCAGCCUUCAGCGGAGACAGCCUGGGCAGGAGUCACGGACGCAGCUCGUCGGUGGAGAGCUUCCGCAGCCGGCGCUCUUCAGCAAGCUCGGGCAGUGAGGCGGAUGAUUACUCCGAGCCAGUACCCCUAAGGGGCAGGCGGCGGGCCCCCCGAGGCAGGAAGCCCUUGAGUUCUUCCUCCUGGAACGGCCCCAGCGGGGCUCCUCGAGCGGAUGCCGGGCGCAGGAAACGCCUGGCCAGCACCCCCACCGCGAGCAAGCGAGCGGAUAAAGAGAACCUGUACGAUGAGCCAUCGGCCGACCUGUCCGAGAUCGACGCCCGGCUGCAGGCCCUGCAGGAGUACAUGAACAACCUGGACACCAGGACGUAGCCAGCGGAGUGUGGGAGCGGGAGGGCUGGCACGUGGCCCAGGCUCGGAGCCCUCCACGCUGCUUGCAGGGGGACCUGGAGAGGUGGGCCAAGCGACCAGGCCUUGGAGCCCUCCCUGCCACUCCCAUGGGGCCGAGCCAAGACCUCUCUCCCCCACAGGGACUCUUUGCCCUGCUGUCUCUGGGCUCUACUCCAGGCUGGACAAUAGAAGAUUAGCAAGGUGGAGCUUUGGGAGAGGGGGCUCAAGAUCUUAGUUCCCCCCCUAGCUUGUUCCCAUCAGAAAUCCCCACCCCCACGGGCUGGACAGAAGGCAGGUGGCUUUGUAGUUAUACCCAAGUGCCCAGGAGCAAAGGAUCAUGGGACAUUUCCUCCUGGGAGUGACUCCCUUCACAUUGGUGGCAGCUAGGGGGCGCCUGCCCCACUUUGGCUUGUGGAUUUCUGACCCCUCAGGGAAGGGGGGGGGGGGCCUGUGGAGUGGAGGGUCCUAUGGAGAACUCUGAGCUCAACAGGCUGAUGGGACCCUCUUCCAGCCCCCCCCUUCUCUCUCCUGUUUAGCUCAGUUUUAGCAGCCUGGGCCGGCCUUGGCCUCUCAACGCCGACAGCACCGAGCUGGGCUGAGAGGAUCCUCCGGGCCCCCUCGACCCGCCCUUGGGCUGCUGAAACCCCCGGGCGGAUCUCAGCCCUUCACAGCUGCAGCCUCGGCGCCUGACCAUCCCCCACGGGCAGCUUCCCAGCUGUUCCAACCUCACAGCAGAGCCCCUGGGAGGCUGGAAUCCUGCGAUCCGUGGGGAGGGGGCAGCCUCUUAACACGGAGGCCAAGCCAGCUCGAGACAGGGGCUAUCCCAGAAGCUGUGGCACGGUCCGAUCUUGCCAAGCCCUCUCCCUGCACCAGCCGCUCCCAGUUAACCACGUCCCACCGGGGCGGGAUGCCUUGCGGCCAGUUUGCCUGCCUGGGUGGGCAGCUGCCCUGCGCUCGAUCCCCUGGUCAGAGCACCCGGGAGGGACACGGCAGUGAAACGAGCGAACUGUUCAGUCUCUGGCCGUUCCAGUGGCUUGAACGACUUUUAACGCUGGUGCGCGAAAUCUCCCGCGUCUCGGCGGCUGAGGGAGCGUCCCCUGCGCUCCCCCUCAUCUGCUUUUGUGGCAGCACACGGGGCUUCGGGAGACCUGGCCAUUGGUCCCUCAGCUGCUCUAAGCCCCCUGCCUGAUUCAUUGGCCUGGAGGAGCCUCCGACCAGCUCAGCAACUGGGCAUUCAGCUGUUAGAGCUAAAAGGCCCAUGGCCAGAGUCUCCCUCAGCAGCCCUGUCUGCUAUGGGAUCUGGUCCCUUCGCUCCAAGGUCAAGCCAGUAGCUGCAUCCACAGUGCUGGCUCCUGAGCGGUAUCUGGUUCCUCUCAGUGCCCCGGUGGGCGGCAGGUGAUUGUGCUGUGAUCCUGUGUGCGCCCCAUCCCCCCACGUGCUGUUCUCUGCUGUGUUGUGUGAUGAUCCCUGUUGUAAAUAAACCUUUCUAACUUCC